AUGACUCGACGGACCGUCCUCGUAACCGGUGCCACAGGCCUCCUUGGCCGCGAAGUAGCCAAGACAUUUGAGCUCGGUGGAUGGCAUGUCAAGCGGACCGGCUACUCGCGAGCGGACGGCGUCGAUGUCCGCAGAGUCGACCUUCGAAACGCGGAUGAGCUGGCCAAGGCCCUGGACGAAAACAAACCCCAGGUCAUCGUCCACUGCGCGGCCGAGAAAGCCCCCGACAAGGUCGACAAGGACCCGGAGGGCGCUCGGGCGCUCAACGUCGCAGCCAGCAGAAGCCUCGCCAAGCUCGCGGCAAGCCGAGCCAUCCUGGUCAUCUACGUCUCCACCGACUACGUCUUCCCCGGAACGCCCGGCGAUGCUCCCUACGAGGCCGAUGCCGCCCCCAAGCCGGCCAACCUGUACGGCCAGACCAAGGCGGAUGGCGAGCGGGCCGUGCUGGAAGAGUUUACCCGUGCCGGCAAGCAAGGCUUAGCCGUCGCGCUGCGCGUGCCGCUGCUGUAUGGCCAUGCCGAGACGCCCGCCGAGAGUGCCGUCAACGUGCUCAUGGACUCGGUCUGGAAAGCACAGACCGAGGGGGCAAGGAUUAAGAUGGAUCACUGGGCCCGCCGCUAUCCAACCAACACGGAGGACGUCGGGCGCGUCUGUCGCGACGUGGCCGCCAAGUAUCUCGAUGCGGCUGAGCGGCAAGGCUUGCCUCGGAUCCUGCAGUUCUCGAGCCAAGAUGUCAUGACAAAGUACGACAUCUGCCAACGCUUUGGCGAGGUCAUGGGCCUGUCGAUAGCGAGCAUCGAGCCAAAUACGCAGGGCAACGACCCCAAUGCCUCGGCGCAGCGGCCGUACGACUGCCACCUGAGCACAAAGGAGCUUGGGCAACUGGGCAUUGACGUGUCGACCUGCGACUUCACCGCAUGGUGGCGGCGCGAAGUAGGCGCCUUUCGAAAGUAG